ACUGUAAGUCGCUCUGGAUAAGAGCGUCUGCUAAAUGACUAAAAUGUAAAAAUGUAAAUGGUGAUAUUGGAGACGUUGAACCCUGAACCCAACAUUGCCAAAUGCAGGACAGGUAUAAUUCCACAGAACCCUUCCCUAUCUCUCCCCACUCUUUCGGGAGACAAUUCCAAACAAAAAUCUCCUACCCUUUCUCCAAAAAUUGACACAAAGUGUCAUUCUAUGACUGUUCAUAGGAGACUGCCAUCCACUUUCUUUUGUCAUAAACCAAUAAAAUAUAGGUGCAUAAAGAAUAAUACAAAUAUUACUUUAUUCAAUUACCUAGACUAUUACUAGGUUAUUACUUUAGACAUGGCCACUUAUUAAUAACUAAAAAAAUAUAUUAAAUGUUUAUUAUCAUAAUGGGUUGAUCUGUUUAAAUUCUAAAAAUACAAUAUUCCUACAGCCACGUUCACCUUUAAGAAUUAAAUACGGGUGGUUCCAUGUUCUUAAACCAAUGAAGCUCAUUUUCUGUUUGAAUAGCCUUACCUGUCAAUCUUUUCCCCACACAAGUAGUUCCUCUCUAACGCCAUAUUGGGUACAGCCAGCGAGAGGAAGAGACUCCGUAGAAAAACAUCUGUCUCCCUCCAGCAGGGGGCUGUUUUCGUUGGUUCGCCUACCAAGCAAGGCGUUUUUUAUGGCAGUCAAUGAGAAUGUCGAAUUUGGUCAACAAAACAAUUAAUGGCUUAUUUGCUAAGUGAGGUUUAUUUGAUCGAAUAUAAGUUUCGUAAUGCUUAAGUUGUUACGAGUGCACUGAUAUAAGAAAGACACGUGACAUCCCGGCAACUUUAAGUUAAAACACUUUAUAUUGGAGUUGUCUCGAGAUGGCUAUGCAUAUUAAUGAAAUGAGGCUAAUAGCAUAGCACCUCUCCCCAUUCAGUACAGGCGGUUGACGUCAACAACCCAUUUAAAAAUGAUUACAAUAAUGAGAUGUAUUCACCAAUCCAAAGAAAGGAUAGGCGGGAGCUAGACAGCCCGCCGUGCCGAUUUGUGGGCAACGACUCCUAUUGUUAGGGCGGAGAGACUGGUACAGCACAGACGACUAGGUUGUUUUCUUCCAUUUGACUACGGAACUAAAAUAACUAAGCCUUCACUAGACGGGCAGAUUGUUUUUCGCUUGGAGGGGGAAUCACGUUCGCAGUUUUACGGAUCCUGAUCAUGCGUCUCUAACUUGUGAUCCAGGUCGCAUAUUUAAAAGGAAUACUUUUUUUUAUUUUUUUUAUAAACCGUCGCGACUUAAGGUCGUUUUCAUUUGUGAAACGAAAUGUCAAAUGUUAGUCUUUCGAAUGGGAGUCCGACGUUGGAAAGGGUGGAUCCGCGUCCGACGGAUCACACGAAGCCCCCGAUUCGCAGAAAUCUUUUCGGAUCGGUGGAUCACGACGAAUUUAGGAGGGAGUGUUUGGUUCAAAUGAAAGAGCUGGAGAAGGCUUCUAUUGACAAAUGGAAUUAUGAUUUCCUAAACGACGAGCCCCUUCCCCAGGGAGAUUAUAAAUGGGAACCCAUGAAAAGCAGUGACCUGCCUGACUUUUACACCAGACCGCCUCACAAGCGAGUCUGGUCCUCUGGAAAUGUGGACCAUAACGGGAAUCAUGAUUACCGAGUCCGACCGAGCUGUCCUGCGAACGGGGCUGAGCUAUCCGAUGAGACCGAGAAGAGCGAGAGGCAGGCGGAUUGUCACCACUCUCACAACGGGGCAAGGAAAAGACCUGCAAAUCCAGAACCCCAAAGUACAAGUAAAAAGUUGCAUUCCAGUGAAGAGGAUGAAGUUGUGUCAAAGUCAGUAGAGCAGACACCCAGCAAAAACGAUUCCAGGACACAUGAACACUAAUACCAAGCGCUGAGAACUCCUCCUUUUUUAUUGAAUACUGUACUUCAGGACCUGAAGAAGAGACGAGCGAUAGAAGAGGAGACAGGAUACAAAAUGGCCUGCCUUUAGGAGGGAGGGAGGCUGUGCAAGCACUGAAUAUUUACACUUACGUUUUGGCACUCAAUUUAAUCCAAUCGCCUCAAAAGCAGAAAAUGUAGCAGUGUGCAAAAAUGGGAUGUUUUUCCCUUUUUGCUCAGUUUUAUUUUUACUACGUAUGUUUAAUAUGUAUCACAUAAAACAUAAUAUUAUUAUGUUGAUAAAAUAAGUGUCUUGAAGAAUUGCUGUGCAGUUUUCAAAAAUAUAUUGUUUGUUUGUAAAAGUGGUCAUAUGAUAUCCUUGUUCAGGUAUAAAUGAUAGUUAUAAAUGCAGAUUAUUUCUAAGUCAGGGUUUUUGAGAGUAUCUCAUCAAAGAAUCAGUUGUUUCUAUUUUAUGGCUUUAUGCAGUGUUCAGUGGUAGUACAUAGUGUGAAGGCCUAUUAUUCAAAAGCUGGUCAUUAGGGUUGGGGUCAAUUCUAUUUCAAUUGAUGAAGUAAACUGAAAGUCAGAUUCCAAUCCAAUUUUCCUCAAUGCUUUUCAAUGAGCGAAAAUAUUUUGAAUUUUAGUUUACUUCCUGAAUUGACUGAAUUUGAAUGUAAUUGACCCAAUGCUACGCUAAGGUCAUACUGUCAAUCAGAAGGACUUCUAUGUUACAUGACCUAACUAGAUAAAAGUUUACAUGCAAAUAAUAUAUUAUUAUUACGUUUUCCUACUGCGAAAGGGAAAUAUCCUGCCAAAGUUUCAACAUUUGUCUUAUUUUUUGGGGGAAAUUAUUAAAUGAGUAGGGCUUAUUCACGGCAUAGUUAGACAUUAUUGGUAAAAGUUAGAAUAUAUGAGUUCCCAUUUUGCAGUAUUAAUUAUUAUUAUUAUGCCGCCCCAGUUUGUUUCCUUUAACGUAUUCAUAAUGUGGUCCAGUUUGACCAGAGUAGCCUACACUCUCAGAUGUGUUGUAACCACCUGGCACUUUGCAAACAUAAAUAUGUGAAUCAACAAUUUGCCUCUUAUUGUGUGUUGAAUUCAUGUUGAGCAUGACAUGGCACUAUAUAGACCACACAAAGGAAAUAAUGAUCAUCUUUGAGGAGGACAGACAGAUAAAAGUUACACUGCAUGUACAGUAUGUCUGUGUAAAACUUUGAAGUGUACCUUUUGUAUAUUUCCUUGUAAAAAUUAUAGUAACUUAUUUCUGUUCAGGUUUUUGUGGUUGUAUGGAUAUCCAAAGUGGCAUUUCUUGUGCAUUGUUAUGUAAAUACUUUAAAAAAUGUUUUUGGAUACAAAAGGUUGCUAAACUGAGCCUAAUUAAAAAUAUACCUGUAUAUUUUGUAUUGUUUCUCUGAAACCGGCAAUCAUUUGAUAAAACAAUAAUAUUGGGUUAAAUAAAAAAUGACUUAUUAUUUUCA